AUGGCUUCUGCCGCGACCCUCCGUGUGCCCAACUCGGCUGUCUUUGUCUGUGACAUCCAGGAGAAGUUCCGCAAUGCCAUUCACGAGUUUGACAAAGUAGUCCUCACCUCCCGUAAGGUGCUCCGUGCCGCCGCCAUCCUCGACAUCCCGGUCGUCGUGACCACCCAGAACCGUGCCCGGCUUGGCGACACUGUCCCCGAGCUGUCGUCCUUGUACUCCACGUCGACGGACGCGGCCGACGCCACAAAGGCCAAGCUGCUCGUCGAUGCCGAUAAGACGCUCUUUAGUAUGUGGACACCCGAAGUCAAGGCCGCAUUUGCGUCCGGCCCUGCGUCCUCGUUGUCGUCCGUCGUCAUCGUCGGCAUCGAGUCCCAUAUCUGCGUCACGCAGACCGCCCUGGACCUGCUGGCCGCGGGCUAUCGCGUAUUCGUGCUCGCGGAUGGUGUGUCGUCGUGCAACCGCGAAGAGGUGCCGAUUGCGCUGGCGCGGCUGCGGACGGCGGGUGCGACGGUGACGACAUCGGAGAGCUGGAUGUAUGAGACUAUGGGCGACGCGGGCAUCCCGGCGUUCCGCAACAUCGUCAGCCUUGUCAAGGACACGAGCGCCGACACCAAGACAGCAUUGUCAUCGUUGCUGUCGGCCAAGAUCUAG